AUGGCACCCUCUGCAGCUCAACCAGAUGUUCUUACUGGUAUUCAAUCCAGCACCAAACCCGUCGACGCCAUGGCUGCUAUGGCCCACAGAGGCAAAUCACUCCCCGGAAUUCCAAAAUUCGCUUCCAGCGCCAAAAAGCGACAGUGGCAACUUGAACACAUGGCGGGCGCAUUCCGAGUCUUUGCACGCGAGGGCUACGCGGAAGGCAUAUCAGGGCACAUCAGCGUACGCGACCCCGAAUUCGAGGAUCGAUUCUGGAUCAACCCACUGGGCGUCCACUUUGGGAUGUUGAAGGCCAGCGACAUGAUCUGUGUGAACUUGGAUGGCGAUGUUGUGGACGGAAACAUGGCUGGUUCUAUCAACGCUGCUGGCUUCCAAAUCCAUAGUGCAGUGCAUCGUUCGCGUAAAGACGUGCAUGCUAUAUGCCAUACCCAUUCUGUCCAUGGCAGAGCUUGGUCGGCGUUUGCAAAGCCGCUUGAUAUGAUAAAUCAAGAUGUAUGCUACUUUUAUAAGGCUCACUCAGUGUACUCGGAUUAUGGAGGCAUCGCAAACGAGUCGUCUGAGGGAGAGAGAAUCGCUGAGAGCCUGGGAGAUGGCAAAGCUGCCAUUUUGAUGAAUCAUGGGCUCCUUACGGUAGGAGAGACGGUGGAUGAAGCAGCUUUUCUUUUCUGUUUGAUGGAAAGGAGUUGCAAGAUCCAGUUGUUGACCGAUCGAGUGGAGUUGGAGAAGAAUAUCGUGAGUGACGAAGAAGCUGCCUACAACUUCAAGAUGGCGAGCACUCCUGAGACUCUGUUUACCGAAUUCCAGCCUCACUAUCAGUACGAGGAUUACUUGUGCAAUGGCAAUUUCAAGAAAUAG